AUGUCGCGCAUCAACACCGAGGGCGUCCGCCAGCGUCCUAUACCCAAACCCGAAUCUGCCGUGGAACCUGAGAUCAAGCUUACUUCGAACAAUGACAAUUUGAAGAAUGACGACCACCCGGCUGGUCCAGUCAAGCAUGGCCCUCCUAUGCAAUAUUUCCGCAUCGCCUGCUUCGCCGUCUUCUUCUCCAUCGCUGCCCUAGCCAUCCACUCGGCCCAACUUCUCGGCGCUCCUCUCUACUUCUACAACAAAGACUAUUUUUAUGCCUGGCAGGCUGUCUGCAAGCAGUACUUCGCCCUUGUCCUCAUCACCGGCACAUACCUCUUCGCUCCCACUGUCAUCCGCAUUUCUGGCGAUGCCUCAGUCAGUGGUCAACUUAGACAGUUCCCUGAUGGCCGCCUCGAAUGCGACUUCCCCGAACGUCUUGUCUUGAUCGCAAAUCACCAGAUCUACACCGAUUGGACCUACCUGUGGUGGGUCAGCUAUACCGCGGCAUGUCACGGCCAUAUUUACAUCAUCUUGAAAGAGAGUCUCAAAUACAUCCCCAUGAUCGGCCCUGGCAUGAUGUUCUACAACUUCAUCUUCAUGAGCAGGAAAUGGGCAAAGGACCAACCGCGUCUAAAACAUCGUCUGCAACAGCUAUCCACUAGACACACCGGUCCUGUCCUGGGACGAAAAGAUAAGAGUGGCCUGGAUCCCGCAUGGCUGCUGAUCUUCCCCGAAGGUACAAACCUCAGUCCCAACACUCGCAAAUCGUCUGCAAGAUGGAGUGAGAAGUCAGGCAUACCAGACAUGAAGCACCAGCUCCUGCCUCGCAGCACCGGUCUUCAUUAUUGCUUGGAAGAACUAAAGGAGGGCGUGGAUUGGCUCUACGACUGUACGAUCGCCUAUGAAGGUGUUCCUCGUGGCUCUUAUGGCGGCCAACUCUACACACUCCGAUCUGUCUACUUCCAAGGCCGCGCUCCCAAAUCAGUCAACAUGCACUGGCGCCGUUUCGCCAUUGCCGAUAUUCCUCUGCACUCAAAAGAAGAAACCGAAAAGUGGUUGCUGGACCGUUGGAGGGAGAAGGACGACUUGAUCGAGUCCGAGGAAGAAAAGAAACAUGCCCAGUACAUUGAGACAGAAGUUAGACCUAAGUCCGCCUGGGAGCCCUUACAGCUAUUCGCACCAUUACUCUCAGCGUACUUGUUGUGCAAUAUCCUGAUCAAGUUGAUUAAUUUGGUCUUGACAGGUAGGCUGAGUUCGACGUAA